AGAGUGGGGAAAGGAAGAGGGCAUCUCCGGGGAGCGUCGUGCGCGCGCAGGCGUCCUCGCUUAUCUGUGGGGAAGCGGAGCUGCUGCCAGCUGACUCGGCCAUGUCGGUCCAGGAAGACCCGGUCCAGCGCGAGAUUCACCAGGACUGGGCGAACCGCGAGUACAUCGAACUGAUCACCAGCUCCAUUAAGAAGAUCGCGGACUUCCUCAAUUCCUUCGACAUGUCCUGCCGCUCCCGCCUGGCCACGCUCAAUGAGAAGUUGACGGCGCUGGAGAGACGGAUCGAAUACAUCGAGGCCCGGGUAACAAAGGGUGAAACAUUGACAUAGUGUGAAGCUGUUCAAGAAGUCAACCUAGGGAAAAAAAGUGCAGCUGUUUAGAAAGCUGAUGAUCAGACUUCAGGUUUCUUCAUUACUUAACAUGGAUGGGAGUUAACUCAUUUUUGCCCCUUGGGAAGCUGCCUCCUCCAUUUGGAGACUUUGUGUGGGUGAUUCCAGCUGAAACGGCUAAAUUGUACAAGAGCAUGUUUAAUUAUGUGGUUUUAUACAAGCAGAUUCGCACAGUUCUUGUCCUAUUGUGUCCCAUGUACACGCAGAACUCUGGCUUCACAGCAAUUAAAUAUUGAUGGAACACAAUCUUAAUUUCUGGGAACACUGAUUAUUACUAUGAGUUAUUUUUGAGAAUCAGGAUGUUAGGGCUAUGCAUGGUGUGUGGCUCUUAUGGCUCGCUAUUGCUGCUCCAAGAUAUCAAGUAAUCUAUUUGAAUAAAUGUGCAGUAUGUGUAGGGUGGGGUGGGCUGAGGGAGAUCAUGUGCCAAGGGAGGGAUGACUCAGUUUUCUAAGUAUUUUGUAUUCUUUAAUGUAAUUUGAGAUGUCUUUUCCAUUUGUGUUCAACAAUAAAAUCACUUCUGCUUAACA